AUGGCCAAAAAGCGGAGAGACGUACGGGACUCGGACGGUUCGUUGUUGGGGCAAGAAGACGUGAAGUCCAACGAUAGUGACUCGCAGUUUCUGAAAGAGGCUAAACAUAGUAUAGGAGGUUCCACACGCAUGUCUCUGCUGAUUUUGGUGUCCAUCUUCGCCUGCUCUGCUUCCGUCAUGUACCUGGUCUACAGAAACUUCCCAGAGCUUCCCGAUGAUGAAAUGGAAAAAAUCAAGAUCCCCAAGGACAUGGACGAUGCAAAAGCAUUGGGAACCGUAUUGUCUAAAUAUAAGGACACCUACUACACCCAGGUGUUGGUGGCCUACUUUGCAACUUAUAUCUUCCUCCAGACGUUUGCUAUCCCAGGAUCAAUCUUUCUCAGCAUCCUGUCUGGCUAUCUUUACCCUUUCCCUUUGGCUCUGUUCUUAGUUUGUUUGUGCUCCGGCCUUGGUGCUUCCUUCUGCUACAUGUUGUCGUAUCUCGUUGGCAGACCAGUGGUGUACAAAUACCUCUCUGAGAAAGCACAGAAAUGGUCCCAGCAGGUUGACAAACAUCGAGAUCAUUUGAUCAAUUACAUCAUCUUCCUGAGGAUAACCCCCUUUCUUCCCAACUGGUUCAUCAACAUCACUUCCCCUGUCAUCAACGUGCCUUUGGGCGUUUUCUUCGUUGGCACCUUUCUGGGAGUGGCUCCGCCGUCGUUUGUGGCGAUCAACGCGGGAACGACCCUCUACAAACUGACCACGGCCGGCGAAGCCGUGUCCUGGAACUCCCUGGCCGUGCUGGGCAUUCUGGCCGUGCUGUCCAUCCUGCCUGUCUGCUUCCAGAAGAAGCUGCAGCAGAAACUGGAGUAG